UUUUGUUUCCGGUUUAGAAAAUGAAAAUAAAAAUAUUAACUUUUUCUACAAAUAUCAUUAUAGGAGCAUUACUAAGCAAUGAAUGAGAAAGAUUUCAGUCCGUUGACCCCAUCAUGUGUCCGUUCUCUGAACGACAAACUCUAUGAGAAACGAAAGGUUGCAGCGCUGGAGAUUGAACGCAUGGUAAAAGAAUAUGUUUCACUGAACAAUACUGUAAAGAUCAAACAGCUUCUGAGAGUCCUAGGAAAAGAUUUUGCAUCAUCUCACAGCCCUCAUAGUCGUAAAGGUGGACUCAUUGGCCUAGCUGCAUGUGCUAUAGCACUUGGAAAGGAAUGCACAUCAUACAUACAUGAGCUGGUGGAGCCAGUGUUAGCAUGUUUUAAUGAUCAGGAUAGUAGAGUGCGCUACUAUGCCUGCGAGUCUCUGUACAACAUCGUCAAGGUGACAAGAGGGGCUGUACUACCUUUCUUCAAUAGUGUAUUUGAUGGACUGAGCAGGUUGGCUGCAGACCCAGAUGCGAAUGUACGGAAUGGUUCUGAGCUACUUGACAGACUCAUGAAGGACAUUGUUACUGAGAGUUCUUCAUUUGACCUGGUAGCCUUCAUGCCCUUGCUGAGGGACAGAAUAUACACAAAGAACCCAUUCGCCAGGCAGUUUAUGGUAUCAUGGAUUCAAGUGCUGGAUGCAGGACCUGAUAUUGACAUGAUUGUUUUCCUACCUGAACUCUUAGAUGGCCUCUUCAAUAUACUGGGUGACCCAACUUCAGAGAUACGCAAAAUGUGUGAGGCUUGUCUAGGGGAAUUCUUGAAGGGAAUCACAAAGAAACGCAAAAAGGCAAACUUCCCAGCAAUGACUAACAUCCUCAUAGUUCACAGCCAAUCUACAGAUCCACUGAUUCAGACAACUGCCCUGAUUUGGUUGAAGGAGUUUGUCCAGUGUGCCGGGAGAAUCAUGCUUCCCUUUGCCUCUGGCCUCAUUACAGCUGUACUGCCCUGUCUCUCAUUUGAUGAAGAUCACUCAAAAAAAACUCGUGAAGUUGCGAAAGCUGUAAACAAUGGACUUCAGAGAUUAAUAACAAUGGAGGAUGACCAGCUGACUACAUCACCUAGCAACGAUUCAUCACAUUCCAAUAAACAUUCCUCUAAUAGUUCAAUCAAUGAUAAACCAAAUGACGAUAGACCAAACAACGAUACAAUAGAGAACAAAAACACAGUUAGUGUAGAUGCAGAUAAAGAGGAAACAAUAAAUGGCUUGGAUGUCGGUUCAAUAGUAGCAGUGCUUAUACAGCAUCUUUUACAUGAGGCAAUGAACACCAGAAUACAGGCCUUAAGGUGGAUCUUCCACUUACAUCUUAAAAUACCAUAUAAGAUAUUUAUACAUGUGGACGAGUUGUUCCCACUUCUGUUGAAAACACUGUCAGACCCAGCAGAUGAGGUGGUACUAUUAGAUCUUGAAGUUUUAGCAGAGAUAUCAUCGAGUGAAGCUGGGAAACAAUUCUCACCGAAAUCACCCGACUCCAAAAUUCCAGAUUCUAUACAAGAGGGCAUCAAUGCGUCACAUUCAAUGAACAAAUUUUUCACCAGAUUCAUGGUGGAUUUAUUGAAAUUAUUUAGCACAGACAGACAGCUUUUAGAAGAUAGGGGCUCUUUUAUUAUCAGGCAGCUGUGUCUACAACUGAACUCCGAGGACAUCUAUAGGUGCAUAUCGGAAAUACUGUUACAUGAGGAAGAGGACACAAAGUUUGCAUCAAACAUGGUCCAGACAUUGAGCACAAUCCUGCUUACUUCAACGGAAUUAUUUGAACUUAGAAUGCAACUUAAAGAACUUGAAACAAAGGAAAGCGUUGACCUAUUCAUAUGUCUAUACAAGUCCUGGUGUCACAAUCCCGUUGCGACAGUUGGCCUCUGCUUCCUGUGCCAAACAUAUCAACAUGCCAGUCACCUUAUGCAGGUUUUCGGAGAUUUAGAAGUUACUGUAGAAUUCCUCACUGAGAUUGACAAACUUGUGCAGCUAAUAGAGUCACCUAUAUUCACAUAUCUGCGUCUCCAACUUCUCCAUACAGAGUCUAACCAGUAUUUACUUAAGAGUCUCUAUGGUCUGCUGAUGUUGCUUCCCCAGAGUGAUGCAUUCAGGACGUUACAACACAGAUUACAAUGUAUACCUCCCGCAUCAUUCUCACCCACUCCACAUUCUAGCUCCAAUCAGUUACUGUCACCUUCACCAGAAGAUCGGGAAACUUUGAAAGAUGUGCCAUUUAACGAAUUAUUGACUCAUUUCAUGUCAGAUAGCAAACUUAAACGGACAAUCGAAAUCAACAAUUUCAUUUUCCUCAAAAACAUUUUUUAUAAGAUGUCUGAGAGUGGAGGAGCGAUUAUACGGACAAGUGGACGUAAGUCAGUCCAGCCGUACGACCCUGAAGAUGACACUGUUAAAGAAAUCGAUUGUACACGAUACUGGAACACUAUUGGAAUAUAUGCUUUCCCAAAUUGUCAUAGAGUGUGGUUUGUGAAAGACAUUUGUGGGCUGGUGUGCGUCUUCUUCACAUGGCUUUUAGUGUUUUAUGCAAUAUACGUAGUGAUAUUUGUGAUGCUGAUACCGUAUCCAUAUCCAGUUUAUAGUACCAUAAAUGGAAUGAUCUUUCUUUUUGGGUGUUUCCUGGCAAUAUCGUCACAUGCGAGAUGUAUGCUCUCGGACCCUGGAGCUGUACCACGUGGUAAUGCAACAAAGGAAAACAUUAUGAAGCUUGGACUCCAGGAGGGCCAAGUGGUUUAUAAAUGCCCCAAGUGCAUCAGUAUAAAGCCAGAGAGGGCUCACCACUGUAGUGUGUGUAGAAGGUGUAUAAGAAAAAUGGACCACCACUGUCCUUGGGUUAAUAAUUGUGUGGGAGAAAACAACCAAAAAUACUUCGUUCUUUUUACUCUGUAUAUAUUUAUAAUAUCAGUGCACGCUAUGGCGAUAUCAGUUCAAUAUUUCAUCACCUGUGUGGGCAGUGAUUGGUCAGGGUGUAGCAACUAUUCCCCAGCAGCUACUACGGUGUUCAUCAUAUUCCUGGUGUUUGAGGGUCUACUGUUUGGAAUAUUCACAGCAAUCAUGUGUGGCACACAGCUAAGUGCAAUAUGCACAGAUGAAACUGGAAUAGAACAACUUAAAAAAGAACAAGCAACAUGGGAACGCAAGUCAAAGUGGUUGAGCAUCAAAGCUGUGUUUGGACACCCAUUUUCAAUUACCUGGUUUUCUCCAUUUUCUACACCAAAACUUGGGCGUUCUGAGCGGACAUUCUUUGCAGUUUAAACAUGUGCAGUUGUGUGGAAAGUGGAAUAACAUCAUAGUGGAAAUUAUGAACCAUAUGCUCCAGUGACAAUGGAGGUCAUUCCUGGGUUUAGAAACUCAGAAGGAGGAUGGGGAGGGUAUACCACAGUAACAGGGUGUGGAUAUUUCAUAUUACAAAGCUCUUAUGUACAUAAACCAUAUUCUCAUCAGUAGACUUGUUCAUAUUUCAUACAUAGACAUUGUUCCUGUUGCACAAUCUAAUUACUGUAUAAGUGGUUAUUU